AUGAAGUGCUUAUAUUGGAAUGCGAGAGGUUUGGCUAAUUCUCCUACAAAAUUAGCUCUCAAAAGAAUCAUCACUGUAAAUAAACCGGAUCUCGUCUUCAUCUCGGAGCCAUGGAUGGAUGUUAGAAAAUUUCCUUUUAGAUGGCUUCAUAGACUAGGUCUUAAGCUGUUUGUUACUCAAGAUAACUCUUUUGGCAUCUCUGCGGUGUAUGCUUCCACUAAUAUUGUGGCCAGAAGAUCUCUUUGGCUCGGCCUAUCCCAUAUACAGUCUCAGUGGAACCUUCCUUGGGCUUAUAUUGGUGAUUUCAAUUGCAUUUUGGGGGCACACGAACACUUUGGAUCCAGAACUCCAGCUAGGCCCCCGAUAGAAGAUUUUAACAACUGGACGAACAUUAACUCUCUUGUGCAUUUGCCCACUUCUGGUGCUUUCUACACUUGGAAAAAUGGUCGAUCGGGAUCUCUUCACAUUGAAAGGCGUCUGGAUAGAACCAUAUGCAACCAAGAUUGGUUUGAUCUAUGGGCUACCAAUUCUUGUAGAACGCUUGCUAGAAAUAAUUCCGACCACUAUCCUAUUCUAUUUGAGUUCCUUCCAAAGGAAUAUAAAAUUGCUUCUAGUUUCAAAUUUUUACAAACUUGGGCUUCCCAUGUGAGUUGUGAGGAUUUGAUUGCUGAAUCCUGGAAAACCAGGGUUGUAGGUUGCCCAAUGUUUAUUCUUCAAAGGAAACUACAAAUUCUUAAAGUUAAGCUCAAAGAAUGGAAUAAAACUACUUUUGGGAAUGUGCAUGAUAAUGUCAAAUUAGCGGAAGAACGCCUGCUUAACAUUCAGGAGAAGAUAGUAAAGGAGGGACAUUCGGAUAACUUAGAUGCUACAGAAAAAGAGGCUCAGCUGCAUCUUAAUAUUGCUCUCCAAAGAGAGGAAAUUUUUUGGAAAGAAAAGGCGCGAGUCAAAUGGCAGGCAGAGGGAGAUAGAAACACUCGUUUUUUCCACAGACUUGCUAUGAUUAAACAAGCUACAAAGAGGAUUUCUUGCCUUAGAGUGAAUGGAAACAUGGUUACGGAAAGAGAGCAAAUGGCUGAGCACGUGGUGUCUUAUUACACUAACAUUUUUAAUAGUUCAUCUGUUUUGCAGGAUGAUGGCAUCAUUAAUGAGGUCAUUCCUCAACUUAUGACUGAAGCUAACAACACUGAGCUUACAAGGUUGCCAUCAAUGGAGGAGGUUCUGGAAAUCAUCAAGGAGGACGUUUUUGGAGCUGUUCUUCAAUUCUUUAAAGAUGAUUGGAUGCUGCCAAACUUCAACACCAACACUCUUGUGCUGAUUCCCAAAGUCCCAAAUGCUGACUCCAUUGACCAAUUCAGACUGAUUGCUCUCGCAAAUUUCAAAUACAAAAUCAUAACAAAAAUUAUCGCAGAUAGGCUCUCUUUGUUCAUGCCGGUUCUGAUCUCUAUGGAGCAAAGGGCCUUCAUAAAAGGUAGAAGCAUUAAGGACUGUAUUAGUGUCACCUCGGAAGCGAUUAAUCUGCUCCCUACCCGCAGUAAGCAUGGAAAUCUCGCCAUCAGAGUGGACAUUUCAAAGGCCUUUGACACUCUCAAUUGGGACUUCUUGAUUAAAGUGGGAUUUUUCAAUUGCAAGAAUGGCGUGCGUCAAGGAGACCCCUUAUCCCCUCUACUCUUUUGUUUGGCAGAGGAAGUGCUUAGCAGAGGGAUCUCUUCUCUCGUCGAUAACAGAAAGGUGAAACCUAUCAAAGCCUCUCGUAAUGCCUUUGUUCCCUCGCAUGCUUUAUACGCCGACGAUAUCAUGAUAUUCUGCAAAGGGGAUGACAGAUCAAUUAUAGCUCUGUCAAAUUUGUUUAGAAGAUAUGCUGAAGCUUCAGAUCAGAAGGUUAACUUUUCAAAGUCCACCAUUUAUGCCGGAUCUAUAUCCAAUAGAAGACUUUCUUACAUUGCUGCCAGCCUUGGGUUCAACACGGGUCAGGUACCUUUCUAUUAUUUAGGCGCGCCCAUAUUCCGUGGAAGGCCUAAACCGUUACACUUUCAAAGUAUUGCUGAUCGUAUCUGUAUUAAACUCUCGGCUUGGAAAGCUUCUCUCCUUUCUGUUGUAGGCAGAAUUGUCCUUGUGAAGUCGGUUAUCCAAAGCAUGAUGAUACACACCCUUUUGGUUUACUCUUGGCCGGUUUUUGUUUUGAAAUGCAUUCAGCGAUGGGCAAGGAAUUUCAUAUGGAGCGGUGACAUCGACAAGCGUAAAUGUGUUACGGUUGCUUGGGACAUUUGUUGCAGGCCCUAUGCUCAGGGUGGUCUUGGCAUGAGAUCCCUGGUGACUCUGAAUGAGGCUGCAAACCUAAAACAAUGCUGGGAUUUAUUUAACUCUAAGGAGCAAUGGGCUGUUUUGAUUAGAGCCAAAGUCUUGCGCAACAAUCGGAGGAUCUCGUACCAUAUUUAUUCCUCUCUUUGGAGCAGCAUGAAGGCCUCUUUUGAUGACGUAAUUGGUAAUUCUUGCUGGCUUAUUGGAAAUGGGGAGAGAGUUAACUUCUGGACCGAUAAGUGGUUUGGCUCGGCCGAACUUGAUUCUUGUCCUCCUGCUGCCAGCUCUUUUUCGCACCGUAAAGACAAAGCGGUUGCCUACAUUCUUCAUCGGAAGUGGAGGCUGCCCCUGGAUGUUCAGGUAUUGUUUCCUGGCCUUGCUAACAUUCUGUCUCUUAUCCACUUGUCAGUAGAAGAAAAAGAAGACAUUCUGGUCUGGACCCCCGCUAUUGAUGGAAUACUUACUUUAAAGAUUGCUUAUGAGUUUCUUUAUCAUAAACAUAACGAUCUCGAGUGGGGAAAGAUUAUCUGGAAAGUGCAUUCUCCUGCGUCUUAUUCUCUUCUUUUUUGGAGAUUGCUUCAUAACAAGAUACCGACGGAUAUCUCCUUAGCUAGCAGAGGGUUGUAUCUCCCUUCUCAAUGCUCUCUUUGCGGCACCCAGGAAGAAUCUACCAAUCAUCUCUUUUUCUUUUGUCCGUUUGCGACUAAAUUCUGGAAUUUUUUAUCGAUAGCUUUGUCGCACAGUUUCAGCUCUAUCGAGGAUGUUUGGAUUGCUUACAAUAAGCUGUCCUCGGCCCAAGGUAAAGUUGUUCUGCUGGCAGCGGUUAUUUGCAUCAUUAGCAAGAUUUGGAAAGCGAGAAAUGUUAGAAGAUUUGAAGAUAAAAAUCUUACUUGGUCCUCUCUUCUAAAUGAAAUCAAGAUUGAAGUUGCUUUCUCCGGUAAUAACACUCCGAAGAUCAAAUGUAAUACGGACGGAGCGGCGUCGGGCAUUCCUUUGCGAGCAGCUUGUGGGGGUAUAUUCCGAGAUCACGUUGGAAAUCAUAAGGGUAGUUUCUCUAAAUUCAUAGAUGAUGGAAAUUCUUUAGUGGCAGAACUUUACGGUGCUAUUCUUGCGGUCGAAAUUGCAAAACAGCGUAAUUGGAGCAACAUUCGGCUUGAAUCGGAUUCUAUGUUUGUGGUUCUAGCUUUUUCUAAACCUUGUAUUGUUCCUUGGGAGCUUCGUAACAGAUGGGAGAAUGUGCUUCAUCAUACAAAAUCAAUUAAUUUUUUGGGAGAUCCUCAUGGAAUUUGCUAG